AUGGAUCCUUCACCUGCGACUCUCACAAGACGAGUGCGAGGCGAUUGGGGAUCCGGGGAUCAGGCCGCCAGGCCUCGAACAGAGUGUUGGCCCUGCGGAGACUGCCGGCUUCCGGUGGCGCUGCGCUGGCCGCCGUCGUCAUCAGAGGCGAGGCGGCCCCUGCAGCGUCCUGGGUUUGGGAUGGAGGGGAUGAGGUGCAUCGUACGAGCAAAUCACUUUCUCGUCGAGGUCGCGAGCCGCAAUCUUCAUCGCUAUGAUGUUGCCAUAACACCAAAAGUGACUUCAAAGGCUGUUUGUAGGAAGAUUAUUAGUGAGCUUGUAAAAAUUUACAAGGACUCCCAUCUAGAACGCAGAACACCAGCCUAUGAUGGCAUGAAAUCUCUUUACACUGCUGGAGCUUUGCCCUUUACAUCUCAGCAGUUUAAGAUUAAAUUAGCUGAAAAGGACCGUGGCGACAAGGAAUUUGAUGUUACCAUCAAGUGUGCCGGACAUGCUGAUCUCCAUCAUCUGGAUCAGUUACUUCAUGGGAGGCAGUUUGAUGCUCUGGACAUUGUUCUUAGGGAGUCACCCUCACAAAAGUAUGUCACAAUAGCGAGAUCUUUUUUCUCAAAGGAUUUAGGGGCAACAGAAGAUAUUGGUGGUGGAUUGGAAUGUUGGAGAGGAUACUAUCAGAAGCUUCGUCCGACGCAGAUGGGGCUCUCCUUAAACAUAGGUACCGCUGCCACUCCUUUUUACCACUCUAUUCCAGUUAUAGACUUUGCUAAGGAGUACCUAAACAUCGGAGAUGCACAGCGUACCUUGACAGAGAAACAGCGUAUUGCUUUGACAAAAGCCCUACGAGGGAUUCGAGUUGGAGUCACUCAUAGGGAUACGAGCAGACGCUACAAGAUUAAUGGUCUAUCAAAUGAGCCUUUAGCCCAAUUGAUGUUUCCUGUAGAUGACAAGGGAAACAAAAAGCUAGUGGUGCAGUAUUUUCAGGAGAAGUAUAACUGCAAACUUGUCAAUCUUACAUGGCCUUGCUUACAGUCUGGCAGUGGCAGUAACCCAACACACCUGCCAAUGGAGGUCUGUAAAAUUGUGGAAGGUCAGAGAUUUUUGCAGAAAUUGGAGGAGAAGCAGGUUACUGAAAUACUGAGAGCAACUUGUCAACGCCCACACGAAAGAGAGGAGAGUAUAAGGAAGAUAGUCAUGGAGAACAACUAUGAAGAUGAUGAAUAUGCACAGGAGUUUGGCAUCAAGGUGGCCAAGCAGCUGACCUCUGUUGAAGCGAGAGUCCUUCUUCCACCAAAGCUCCAGUACCAUAAUACUGGAGUAGAUAAGACAUGGAAUCCAAAAGGUGGCGCGUGGAGUAUGUUCAAUAAGAAAAUGUAUAAUGGUGGAACAAUUUAUAGUUGGGCAUGCGUUAAUUUUUCCCACGAACUUUAUUGUAACAAUGCUGCAGUAAGACACUUCUGCGGUAGACUGUUUUCUACCUGUAAAAGACUUGGAAUGUCUAUUGAACCUGACCCAGUAAUCGAAGACCUCCAUGAACGUGCUAAUAACGUGGAGGCAGCUCUAAGAACUGUGCAUGCUCAAGCAACUACUGCUUUGGGAGGAGGAACCACGCAGAGUACAAUCAAGCGUGUUUGUGAAACUGAACUCGGGCUCAUAUCACAAUGUUGCUUAUCUAAGCAUGUUAAGGCUUGCAAUCGAAAAUAUCUGGAAAAUGUGGCUUUGAAAAUUAAUGUGAAGGUCGGAGGUCGUAACACUGUUCUGUCAGAUGUUCUUAGUAAGAAAAUGACUAUAGUAACCGAUGUACCAACCAUCAUUUUUGGGGCUGAUGUCACACAUCCCACGGCAGGAGAUGGCGCAUCUCCAUCCAUAGCUGCCGUUGUUGCAUCAAUGGAUUGGCCUGAAGUGACGAAGUACAAAGCCCUUAUUUCAUCCCAACCACCUAGGAAGGAGAUAAUAGAAGAUCUUUAUACAACCACACAAGGUGGCCACGGUGGCAUGAUUAGAGACCUGCUUCGAUCUUUCAAUAGUGCUACAGGACAUGAACCCCAAAGAAUUAUAUUUUACAGGGACGGCGUCAGUGAAACACAGUUUAGCCAAGUUCUUCUGCAUGAAGUGGAUGCAAUAAAAAAGGCUUGUCAAUCUCUACGUGAAGGCUACCGGCCGGGUGUCACCUUUGUGGUUGUGCAGAAGAGGCACCAUACCCGCUUGUUCCCUGAGACCCACGGAAGUGAGCAAACUGACGGGAGACGGAAUAUACUUCCAGGAACUGUUGUGGACAGGAAAAUCUGUCAUCCCAGCGAGUUUGACUUUUUUCUCUGCAGCCAUUCUGGCGUACAGGGUACUAGCAGACCUGCACAUUAUCAUGUGCUCUGGGAUGAUAAUGAGUUCUCUGCUGAUCAGCUUCAAGGGCUAACCAAUAGUUUGUGCUACACUUAUGCUCGAUGCACCCGUUCAGUGUCACUUGUUCCACCAGUUUACUAUGCGCAUCUUGCUGCCUUUCGAGCGAGGUACUACUUUGAGGGGGGUGCUGACAUCCGUUCUAUUCCACACGUCAAGGAUAAUGUCAAAGAAGUCAUGUUCUAUUGUUGAAAGAGGGGAGUGCGUGCUUUUUUGUUUCUGUGAAGUUUAUGUACAGU